UCUGAGGGGUUGCAAUUAAUACCUGGCGAUCAAAGCGGAUCUCACGUAAUUUAAUGCACUUUCGGCUGGAAUUAAAAACGAAACUUUAGUUUUUGGCAGUGCGGUCUUUAGAUAUCCGUUUUCUGUAUCAAGUGACCAGUGCAAAUCUCAUAUAUAUUUCGAAUGCACGUUUCUUCUUUUUCCAAUAUAAUACCGAAGAUUGAUACUAAGUAUCAAAACAUCAUACUGACAUGUACAUACUUCUUGUGCAUAACAGUUAUUUGAAAUAAAUGCAAGUAUGUUUAAUUGACUGGCUUCUUUGGGUACCAGAACUAUUUUUAUCUUUUGGGGCAGUUGGUUGGGCUGUAUUCAGCAGACCUUACGAUCUUGAGUGUUAGUAACCCGGCAACACUUUAAAUGAAUAUGGGUAACUUGGCUAAAUCUGUUAAAUAAAUCAGUGACGCCAGAUUAGUAAUAGUCUACUAGGGUGAGACUAUUCAUAAUGCUCAGAUUGAUAAAAGUGACUCUUGUGCAUUUUCGUUAGGAAAAAGCAAGUAAAUUAUACAUUUUGCUUCUCAUUCUGAAAUGCAGGAGACUUAAAAGUCGUGAUCGUAAGUCGACGAUGUUAAUGUAACCCAGAAUUGAUAAAAACAUCUCUAAACGUUGUUUUGCUGUUCAGUUAUAUGUAGCCAAUAAAGUUUUCGUUGUACACUGGCUUUCAAACAGUUUGCAGAUUGCACUAAAUUUACACGAAUUUUAGAAACCUGGAAAAACAGGGAGGGAUCAGCUUUCAGGAACACCUACAGUAUGCAGAUCAUUUGGAUUUACCUUGCGGGGGUGCUGGCUGACGCAGGCCCCAUCAGACCCCUCCCAGCACCUGAAGCCGCGCACCUGGAUCUCGGCGAGACGGAAGUGCUUUUUCAUUGCGGAUUAUUCACCAUAACAUUCGGGAACACAUUUAUUAACUGUACUUAUUUGCAUACUUCGUCUUGUACAGAAACAUUACCUGCUGAUGUUUCCAACAGCCUUCGUGUCUUGGAGAAGCCUUACCGCAAAGAUACUGGUCAGUUCAUCUGACGGACAUCAUGACUGCCUUCUCUAGGUUCUUCAGAAGGCGCUUGUACCCUUGGAAGCUGGUGAUUUUGGCUCUCCUGUUCCUCACGUUCCUGUUCCUCAUCCAACGUGAGGUGGCGAGCCAGAGGCCCAGAGAGGAGGCCUGGCUGGGGGGUGCUGUGGGCAAGCAGGACGGCGUGCUGGGAAUAGUGAUGGGGGCCGUCAAUAACUUCCGGGGCGCUGUGCCAAAAAUGCAGAUCAAAGCCCCCGUGCGCCAGCCUGAGAGGGCCGGGAACCCCUCCUGUCUGCCCGGACAUUACACUGCUGCGGAGCUCCGGCCUUCCCUGGAGCGACCCCCCCAGAACCCCAGCUCACCGGGGGCUUCUGGGAAGCCCUUCCGCAUGGGCAGCCUGAGCCCUUCCGAGGAGAAGGAAAAGCAAGCCGGGGAGGAGAAGCACUGCUUCAACCUCUUCGCCAGUGACCGCAUCUCGCUCAGCCGGGACCUGGGGCCUGACACCAGACCACCGGAAUGCAUUGAGCAGACCUUCAAGCGGUGCCCCGCCUUGCCGACGACCAGCGUGAUCAUCGUGUUCCAUAAUGAGGCAUGGAGCACUCUGCUCAGGACUGUGUAUAGUGUCCUUCACACCUCCCCCGCCAUCCUGCUGAAGGAGAUCAUCUUGGUGGAUGAUGCCAGCUCAGACGAGGUCCUGAAGGAUGAGCUGGACGAGUACCUGAACCGGCUGCACGUCGUGCGAGUGGUCCGUCAGCACGAGAGGAAGGGGCUCAUCACCGCCCGGCUAUUGGGCGCCUCCGUCGCCACUGGAGACGUGCUCACCUUCCUGGAUGCUCACUGCGAGUGCUUCCAGGGCUGGCUGGAACCGCUGCUGUCCCGGAUAGCCGAGAACCGCACAGCCGUGGUGAGUCCUGACAUCACCACCAUCGACCUCAACACCUUUGAGUUUGUGAAGCCGUCCCCGUACGGGCAGAACCACAACCGGGGAAAUUUCGACUGGGGCUUGUCCUUUGGCUGGGAGAGUAUUCCUGACCAUGAGAAACAGCGGCGGAGGGAUGAAACCUACCCCAUCAAAACUCCGACAUUUGCAGGGGGGCUGUUUUCGAUCUCAAAAGAGUACUUCUACUACAUAGGAAGUUACGAUGAGGAAAUGGAAAUUUGGGGAGGAGAGAAUAUCGAAAUGUCAUUUAGGGUGUGGCAGUGUGGGGGGCAGCUGGAGAUCAUCCCCUGCUCCGUCGUGGGCCACGUCUUCCGCACCAAAAGCCCCCACACGUUUCCCAAGGGCACGCAGGUGAUCGCUCGCAACCAGGUGCGGCUGGCCGAGGUCUGGAUGGACGGCUACAAGGAGAUCUUCUACCGCAGGAACCAGCAAGCCUUCCAGAUGGCCAGAGAAAGGGCUUUUGGUGACAUCUCCAAGCGCUUGGAGCUCCGGCAGCGCCUGCAAUGCAAGAGCUUUGCUUGGUACUUGAAGAACGUGUAUCCUGAGGUCUUCAUGCCCGACCUCAACCCUCUCCACUUCGGCGCGGUGAUGAACAUAGGUAAAGACUCUUGUCUGGAUGCUGGGGAGAACAAUGAGGGUGGAAAAGAGUUGAUCAUGUACCCAUGCCAUGGACUUGGAGGAAAUCAGUAUUUUGAGUAUUCCACGCACCGUGAGAUCCGUCACAACAUUCAGAAGGAGCUGUGUCUCCACGGGAAGGAGGAGGCGGUGAAGCUGGAGGAGUGUCAGUACAAGGGGAGGAGCACCUUCGUCGGAGCCGAGCAGAAGUGGGACCUUAGAGAGAGUCAGUUGCUCUGGAACCCAGGGUUGAAGCUUUGCCUCUCUGCCCGCCACGAGCACCCGUCCCUGGUCCCAUGUGACCCCUCUGACAGUUUCAGGCUCAGCUGUAAAUUUGUGUCCAGACCUUCGGAGGUCACAUGAUCAUCCAGAGCAGCUGGAUCCUGUGCUCACAGCAGUAGGAUAAGCUGGAUUCUAUGGACAAUGGCCACACUUUUUCAGUUGUGAAAUCACUGUCUCUCUCUAUCCCCAUUUUUACUUCUACAUUCAUAUACUCUGACUUCUAGUCUUUGUGUUUCCCAUCUCAUUGUUAAUGGCCUGCACUGUGAGCCUCUACCUUUUGAAGUGUGUGGUAUACAAUUCCACCACUAGGCGGCAGACUGUCUUUUCUAAUUCUUAUGGUCUACAAGGACCCUUGUGUAAAGUGCAUAAGUCAAUAUUUCACUGGGAGGAAACAAUUUGUAAUUGGAACAUAUUUGAAGUUCUUUUUUUUUCUUCACUGUACUUGUUUACAUUUAGCCUUCAGACACUGUAGUAGCAGUACAUACAAUAACCGUAGGGAAGCAAGAGUUUCAUUCACUUUUUAUUUAUUUCAAACUGGUGUUUCGGGGGGGAGGGGGGUAGUGGCUGUCAUCCUUGAAAGGUGAUUAAAAACCACCCAUAACGUAAACCCAUAUACCAAGUAUAAAUAAAUGUCACUAAUAAAAAAAAUUCCAAAUCUAUACCCAAAACAAAAAACAAUGCAAUCUAGAGUCAUGGAAUGCAAGAUUGAUUAAAUUUUUUUUUUAAAAAUCAAUAUAGACUGACUAAGUGCCAAGCACACAUCUGAGAAGGGUCUAGCAGAAACAGUGCAUGUGUUGAACAUAGCUCCAUGGUACCCUACUGGCCAAGGUGUCCAAGAGGCUUGGGGCACAGCAGGAACCAGCGACACCGCAGCUUAGAGCAGACUCCGGCCUGGUCUCAGAGCCAUGUGCUCUGUUACCACAUUGCAGUAGCUGGCUGUCAAUGAUUCCGGCACUCAGAGCAUUUCAAUAACGGGAUGCUAUGAUUCUCCAAGCACUCCCAGAAUGCUUUUCUGUUGGUUUAGAGCACUGACAAUGUUAGUUUCCUCACUGUUUCUAGACUGGAAUGACUAAAACUUUAUUCAUAUUGGUAGCUCCUGUA